AUGGCUAACCUUGAACGACGUCUGGGCGCACCGCUGAAGGAAGUCUCGGCGUUGGAUUGGGCUGGAGGGGUCGGAAAGAGUUUGAAGGGGGAGUGCUAUAUUGGUAAGGUUUCUUUGAAAUUAUUUUUAUUAAAUUACGUUAGCAAUGAGAUGAUGGCAUUGGAAGUUUCAGUUUUCUAAAGCCUUUAAUCUUGAACAUAAUUUUAGUUGAUGACGGUAUAUCAAGGAUAACAUCUGCUUUGGCGAUUGAUUUGAAUGUCCAAAGGCUGUGUUCGGUUUAUGAAAUUCGAGAAAACAAAUUGGGCGAGGACUCCGAGAUGGAGGUAAAAUACCAGAAAACGGUGAAAUCAACCAAGAAUCAUGUGGACAUUGCCAAUUACUCGGAUGACAGCGAUGUUGAAUUCAUCGACCAAAAGGAGGAAGACGUGGAGGAGGCGGACAGCUAUGUCAAGGCCGACAUUUGUGUCUGUGCUGUGCCUGUUGGGGUGUUGAAGGUAUUUAAGUUUAAAUAAUUCUGGGCUUUCUCUUAAAACAAAUUUGCGCGAUUAGGGGCACAGAAUUGUUUGAACAACUUAAUAAAACGUUUAGGCAGCAAACUGUUUAAAAUUUAUUUUUGUAAAUUCUAGGAAAGAGUACCAAGAUCAAAAUCUAACUCUGUUGCCAGCUCAGAACGUGAUCAGUCGGCUUCUACACACAAUUCUUCUGAUUCAGAAGCUUCUUCCAAAUUGGAGCCAAAAGUUGAUAAUAUAAAGUUUUAUCCAGAGCUACCAGGGAAAUACAAGGAAGCUAUUGAGAGGAUUGGUAAGUUAAUAUUGGUUUUAUUGUUGAAGAUGAAUUUUUGUUACUUAAAACUUGAAAAAAUGUUAUAAUAUGUGGAAAAUGGGCUUAUGUUACCUAAAAUGAGAAAAAAGGUGUUGAAAGUUUGAAAAAAAUGUAAAUUUGUUACCUAAAAUUUAAAAAAGUGUUAUAAAAGGGAUUAAAGUUUUUUUGGGAUAUAGUACUAAAUAGUUUUUAAAAUUUUUUCAAUAUUUAAGAAUUUUUUAUUACCUAAAAUAUCAAAAACUGAAAAAUAAAUGCGUUUUGAUUAACUGAAUGUCAUUGUAGGCGUGGGCACAACAAAUAAAGUCCUUCUCCAAUUCAGCAAACGCUUCUGGCCAGAUUCUGCUUUUAUUGGUCGAUUAUCGAAUGCCGACGACACCAGGGGAGAGUUUGUGGUCUUCUUUUCGAAACCCAGAUCCACCAACUUGUAUGCUUACUUGACCGGUGAAGCAGCUCAUGUCAACAACUACUUUGAGGGCGAGUUUAUCGCACAAAGGGUCAUGAACGUGCUGUCCAGUAUGUUCACUCAUGAGGUUCCUCCGAAGGUAUGUUGUUAUUGUUUUAGUGGUUUGGGUGGACUGAAAGGGUGUUUAAUAGCCUUGGACUCGGGCUCGUCAGAAAAAAAUUUUAAAGGUAUCGGGUCGAGACAAGUCAGCUUGAGGGCCGGGCCGAAAUAUUUGAACUCGAUGGUCGGAUCCAAACCAAGGUCUCAGCUUAGGUCCCGCAACGAAAAAUUUGAAUGUCUAUAAAGAACCUGAUGUUUAAGGAGGGCUCACGAGGCCUAGAAUCGGAAAAGAAAAAUAUUUUUUAGUUUUAAAUUACCAUGCAUUGUUUAAAAAUUGAAUUUUCAGCCCAAAAAGGUGAUAGUAACCGACUGGUUCAACGACGCUUUCUCUCAAGGCUCGGCUCCGUUCGUGAGAAGGGGAUGUGCCUUAUUCAAUGACUACGACUUCUUGGCUCAACCCCUAUCUCUAAUCGACACAAAAUCAGCCCCCAAACUUUUUUUAACUGGAGAUUACACCACCUCCAAGUAUCCGGGCACUCUUCAUGGCGCAUAUCUGGCUGGACUAAGGUGUGCCAGACAAAUCGCCGACAAUUACUUGGGACCGGUCAAUGAUCCAGAAGUAAUGGAAGAGCUGAACAAACAAGGACGAUUCUACAUGGCUCUACAUGAGCAGCGAUUGAGGAAUAUGCCGGUUGAAAGUAAGUUUGGGUGGGGUGAUCUUGGGGGGGGUUUGAGGAAGGUUAAGGUUUGAGCGGGAUAAAGACGAGGGGAGGUGAUGAGGGCUGCUUGGGAGGUUUUAAUUUUAGCUUUUAAAUGUGUAAAGAAAGUUAUUGCGGGUUUAAAAAUGACAAUUGAAAUUAUUAUGGUUUUUAAAAGAAGGUGUAAAGAAAGUUCUUGCUUUUUUAAAAAAAAUAGCUAGUUUUGGAUUUUGCAACCUGCGGUGACAACUUAUACGAUAGACAAAAUUUUGAAUUUUUUAAAGCAAGUUUUUGUUACUUUUAGGUCUGUAAAGAAAGUUUUUGCAAUUUUUAGUGUUGUAAAAAAAGUUCUAUCGAUUUUUUGGAAACAAAGUUUUUACUAAUUUAACUGCAUUUUCAGUUUCUCCAGCACCAUCAGACUAA